AUGGUCACGUUCAACUGCGAGGUCUGCAACGACACAGUUCCCAAGAAGAACACCGAAAAACACUACUACAGAUGCCCUCAAGCCUACUAUACCUGCAUCGACUGUAAUGUCACCUUCGAUGACGGCACCGGAUACAAGAAGCACACGCAGUGUAUAAGCGAGGACGAGAAGUACCAGAAAGCGCUGUACAAGGGCAAGAAAAAACCUCAAGAGAAGAAACCACAGCAACAGAAACCUGAGGAAUCCAAGCCCAAGCAGGAGAAGCAGCAGGAGCAGGAGACCCGCAAGGACAAGAAUACCAAGCUAGAGAAGGCAAAGUUGCAGAAGGGAAAAGUGCAAAAGCCUGAAGAGCAGAAACCGCUAAAACAAAAAAGUGUGCUGUCCGAGAAGAAGGGCGCCUCGCUCUACAAGAUCUUGAAGAGCAUCGACGACAAAGAGGAGAAGAAGAACUUGCUGAAGAGCCUUGUGGUCAACGAAAACGGCCAGCUCGAGGUGAAGGCCUGA